GUGAUAACGAAGUGUCAAAAUUCCAGUUACAAUACACAAAAUUUCAGGAGUUACAAAAUAGAUAAAUUAACGGUUUAAAGAGAUCUUCAAAAAUCUUUAACGAAGAACACAGAGAAGCGAAAACAGCAGAUUUCUACAAGAUGACAAAAGUUCUCGAAACGAUCGGCAAAGUUACCCACAUUAACCUAGUGACACCGCGACGCAAAGACAUAAAGCAACAAGUUAGCUCGAUUGAUACUUCUCAACUUCGGAAUGAUAAAUUUAUCUUACUUCCAACAACUUAUAUUCUAAAAACUGACAAGCACGAAAAGCAACUCGGCCACUCCAGCUCUAAAAUAUUGCAUUGUUCAUCAUCAAAAAAUAUUUUAAAGACAUCUUACUGCGAUGAUGACAAAUCAUCUAAGCAGCCAAUGAUUUUUAUCAAAUGCAUUACAGCACCAAAGGGUCCUUUGGCUAGAGCUAUUCAGUGUUCAACAAAGAUAAGCAAAGAUAAAACUAAUUACUGUAUUCAUUUAGAAUCAAAGUUAAAAAAAGAUAGUUCUUACAAAAGUAUUCAGUCAACUGAUUCCUCUAAGAAGAUUUUUGAUAAAAAAACGAAGGUUUCUUGUAAAGGAGCUCUUUCAAAACAAAGCGUUUCACGUCGAAAGUUGAAACCGGAAGUGAUACCAGAUAAAGCAGAUUUGAAAAUUGAUAUCUUGUUCUUGCCAGAGAUGAAGGAUCCACUUUCUCACAUAACCCGUAAGAACGGUCUUGAUCCUUUCGAAAUACCAAGUUCCUUGAAAAAACUCUCAAGAAGAUACAAGAAACGAAUAUGUUCAGCCAGUUGUUGCCAGCCAGUCCGAUCAGCAACCAAGGAUGUUUGCAGCGAUUUCUUUCGCACUAAAGCUUUGGCAUUAGAUACAAAGUCUUCGUCAAAAGAAAGAUGUACGAUGCAAAAACGUCUCGAAGGUCAACGACUUCAACGUUUGCCUUCAGAGCAAAUACUGCGAACUGAGAUCACGCGGAUAGAAUCCGCGAAGUCGGACAAAGCAUCGGCGUGUCAGAAAUCAGCGGUAGCCUUUAGGCGUGCUUGCUUAACGCCUGAGAUUUCCGGGGAUACAUCGCGCUUGCCCAGCUCGCAAGAGUUGCUCACUCGCUACGGGAAGGACAUUCCGGUCUAUCAAUUGGAAAGAUACGAGGCUUGUCGCUCCAAAAGAAACGGUCUUCAAGACGAAUGUAUUCCACCGCUAUUACGAGCUAUAUUGAAAAAAGAGGAGCAGAAACGCACUUUGGACAAGUGCAGCAAAAAAAGAGAACAGAACGUAGAUCAAUUAGAUCAAAAUAGAAUGGGCGAAUCAAUGAAUCCAAUUCAAUUUUUGUUGUAUGUAGAAUAAUAUUUAAAAUCAAGAGAAUUUUAAAAAUGAAUUUUAUAAAAAUUUUAUAAAAACCGGAAAACAAUUAUGUUCGCGAUUGUUCG